GGUGGCUUAGUUGGUUAAGCGCCCAUCUCUUGAUUUCGGCUCAGGUCAUGAUCUCAAAAAUAAGUAAACAUUAAAAAAAAAACCAACUCUCUAACUAUAUUGCAUGCUCUUUGAAGUAGAAAUACUAUCUUAAAUUUUAUCUGCCAUUGCAGCUACAUAACAGGCACCAAAUAAAUGUUGGUCAAAUUGAAAAAUGGCUGGAUAUAUACAGACCGUUAGGACACUUCUCAGUGAGCUUUUCUACUCAAAGUAUGUGGCCAUUCCAAGGAUCUUUGCAGUUGUCCUUUAGGAAAUUUGCUUGUCAGGAAAUCUAAAAAUGACUAAACCCUUUUCAGUAUACAUCUCUUGGAUGAUCUCAAAAAGUUUGAGGAAAGAUUGGGAAGGUUUAUAUACCACAUACGAGAAUCAUGUAAGGAACAAAGUACAGUUAAUUUUAUCAGUGCUGCCAAAUUAGUAGUGAAAGAGUUACCGUGGAAAUGUUUUAAAAAUGCCAAGCAGUGCUUUACUCAAACCAAAUGAAUAUUCUUCCAGAGCUUGUUCCUAUUUUAAAGUAUAUUACUUUCUGCAGAUAUGAUUUGGUCUCUAAUAAGGAUAAAUAAUCACUGUAUAAAGAAAAAAACAGCUGAUAUCGUAGACAAACUUUAAUAUCGCCAGUCUUGGUAGAAACUGCUUCAAUGGCUUUAGAUAAGUGGAAGUAGAUUUUCAUGAAAGAACUGUAGAAUUUGUGGAAUGAUAGUUUUUCUCUUUUUAACAUCUUUCUUAUCUCUACUCAUUUCUGCCUAAGAUAGAAACUUUGAGUCGCUGGGAGGGGGAAAAAGUGAAUUUACUUCAGAAUUACCAUUUUAAGUAUGUGGAUUACUUAUUUGGAGAGCUAAAUUGGAUUUUGACAUUAUUGGGAUUGUGUUCAAGAUGGACUCAGGAAAAAAAAAAUCAGAUGCCAUCUGUUUCAGAUUCCUUAUUCCCUCACCCCUUCGUGUUUUAUGGCUUUGAAUUCAACAGAUUAUUUUUCAAAACUAAAAAUCCUCAGUAGAUUUAGGUUAUAUAAUUUCAGCUAUAUCAGUGAACAUAUAACUAAUAGAACUUGCAUGUUUAUAUUGAGUUACACAAAAAGAUCACAGACAAUGGUUAAAAGUAAUUUAAACUACCUGACUAUUAAGUAGCGUCUUGUAUCUUGGUCAUCAUUGACUUAAUAAACCAUUUUUGUCAGAAAUACUUGUUGGUUGAAGUUGCUUUAAAAAAACUGGGUAAUGGAGAUACAGAAUAAAUAUUUUUUAGUCCUUGAUGUUGCCACUUACAGAAGAGAAGUUUCUGCUGAGGAUUUUUUCAUUUUAGUGAUAAGUCUAUUUAAACUUAGGCUUUCAGCAGGGAGUUUGGCCUUACCAUAUACCAGCUGCUAUUGUUUUCAUCUAAAUGGCACCAUACACUUCAUAGGACACAUACUUGCCAUUUUUCAGUUUGGAUCUUAAUAAAUCCUGAGGGUAGGCUUUUGGGUUUACUGAGCUGGAAAAGACCAUAACUUGUUUAGGUUAUAGUACUUGGCACCUGGCAUGGACCAGAAAUACCCAAGCAUCUUUGAGAAACUAUAAAGUAGUACCAGUGUAGUAUCUUAGAAAUGGCCUGAAGAGAGACCAAUCUGGAUAGAAGAGAGCCAUGUUUUAUCUGCAGCAGGAAUAUUCUGGUAUUGUAGGAGCACUGAUGGACUGCCCCUGUAUCGUUUAGUCUGUUCCUCACCAGAAGCUCCAAGUGUGCAAUGUAGUUAUGGCAAGGGCUGGGGUGUCAGGGAUGGGAAUUGUUCUUCAAUAAUUGCUAACCCAUCACAAUGGAGGCAUAAACAUAUUGGGGAAAGGGAUAUUCUCUUGGAUUUUGCCUUGGCCAGAGAAGCUGAGUGAACAGGUAGCCAUUGCCUUUGCCAUCCAAGAGGACUUGGUACUACCAACACCUCUAGGUGCCGGGUAAGCCUGUCAAAACAACGUGGUUUGAUGGCUUCAUCAAAAUAACAGUUGACAGACUAAGCAAAGGCAACGAAAAGCAAAAAUAAACAAGUGGGAUUACAUCAAACUAAAAAGCUUCUGCACAGUAAAGGGAGCCAUCAAUAAAAGGAAAAGGUUACAAAAUACCCUCCUAUGCUUGAGAUCCACAGACUACGUGUCCUACGAGAACGAAUCAGUUGUUCAUCUCCUGGAAAUACAUUAGAAACAUAAAUAUGGUGCCAAAAGAUUUCCUUACCUUUCUCUGACUACAGUUUAUUUGGACAUACUUUUGUAUUGAAGAGAGGUACACAGACUGAGGCUGCUUGUGCAGAGACUCUGUCGUGUAGGAUCAUGGACCAUCCUAGUAGAGAGAAGGAUGAAAGACAACGGACAACUAAACCCAUGGCACAAAGGAGUGCACACUGUACCCGACCGUCUGGCUCCUCAACAUCCUCUGGAGUUCUUAUGGUGGGACCCAACUUCAGGGUUGGCAAGAAGAUAGGGUGUGGGAACUUCGGAGAGCUCAGAUUAGGUAAAAAUCUCUACACCAAUGAAUAUGUAGCUAUCAAACUGGAACCAAUAAAAUCACGUGCUCCACAGCUUCAUUUAGAAUACAGGUUUUAUAAACAGCUCGGCAGUGCAGGUGAAGGUCUUCCACAGGUGUAUUACUUUGGACCGUGUGGAAAAUACAACGCCAUGGUGCUGGAGCUCCUUGGCCCUAGCUUGGAGGACUUGUUUGACCUCUGUGACCGAACUUUUACUUUGAAGACUGUGUUAAUGAUAGCCAUCCAGUUGCUUUCUCGAAUGGAAUAUGUGCACUCAAAGAAUCUCAUUUACCGAGAUGUGAAGCCAGAGAAUUUCCUGAUUGGCCGACAAGGCAACAAGAAAGAGCAUGUUAUACACAUUAUAGACUUUGGACUGGCCAAGGAAUACAUUGACCCUGAAACCAAAAAACACAUACCUUAUAGGGAGCACAAAAGUUUAACUGGAACUGCAAGAUACAUGUCUAUCAACACGCAUCUUGGCAAAGAGCAAAGCCGGCGGGAUGAUUUGGAAGCCCUGGGCCAUAUGUUCAUGUAUUUCCUUCGAGGCAGCCUACCCUGGCAAGGACUCAAGGCUGAUACAUUAAAAGAGAGAUAUCAGAAAAUUGGUGACACCAAAAGGAAUACUCCCAUUGAAGCUCUCUGUGAAAACUUUCCAGAAGAGAUGGCAACGUACCUGCGCUACGUCAGGCGAUUAGACUUCUUUGAAAAACCUGACUAUGAGUAUUUACGGACCCUCUUCACAGACCUCUUUGAAAGGAAAGGCUACACCUUUGACUAUGCCUACGAUUGGGUCGGGAGACCUAUUCCUACUCCAGUAGGGUCAGUUCAUGUAGAUUCUGGUGCAUCUGCAAUAACUCGAGAAAGCCACACACACAGGGAUCGGCCGUCACAGCAACAGCCUCUGCGAAAUCAGACUGCAUCGUCAGAGCGCCGAGGAGAGUGGGAAAUCCAGCCCAGCCGGCAGACCAAUACCUCGUACCUGACGUCUCACUUGGCUGCAGACCGCCAUGGGGGAUCAGUGCAGGUGGUUAGCUCAACCAAUGGAGAGCUGAAUGUCGAUGACCCCACAGGAGCCCACUCCAAUGCACCAAUCACAGCUCACGCCGAGGUGGAGGUAGUCGAGGAAGCUAAGUGCUGCUGUUUCUUUAAGAGGAAAAGGAAGAAGACUGCCCAGCGCCACAAGUGACCAGUGCCUCCCAGGAGUCCUCAGGCCCUGGGGACUCUAACUCAAUUGCACCCGCAGCUCCUGCCAUUUUUCAUUGGAAGGGACUCCUCUAUGGGGGAGGGUGGAGGUUCAAACCAAAAAGAAGAAAACAGAUGCCCCCAGAAGGAGCCAGUGCAGGCAGCCAGGGCCCAGUGGGUCAGUGGCCAUCCCCGCCUGCCUACAGCUCUGAGCAGGUCCCAGAGCUGUGGCUCCUCCACUGCUUGCCCUCGGGGCUGCCUGGUUGACUCUCCUUCCUAUUGUUUACAGUGAAGGUGUCAUUCACAAAAACUCAAGGACUACUAUUCUCUUCCCUCCCGUAGUUUACUCCCGGUUCUUGCCCCACCCUCAACCCUCUCCAGCAUAAAAGCUAGUGAGUUAAAGGCUUUGUCUGCUGAAGGAGCUCAAGAGGCUGGGGGUGCGGUCAAGAAGGCAGGGGGAGAUGGUGGCAGGCCUGGCAGGAGAAGAACGUUCUCCACCUACCAGGUGUGCCUGGCAGUAUGGCUCCGUCCUCUGUGCCUCUGCAGCCUCCAUCCCCAGCUGGCCACGGGGUGCAGGUUCUUGCCACCCUCCCUCCUGUCAAGUUACACUGUCGGACACAAGCUGUGAGAAAUCUGCAGUCUACUGUCCCUGCGCGUUGGCAUUCUUCGCUCUCUUGACAAGCGAGCUCUGUUCUCCAGACGGUAGUAGGACAAUGCAAAUUGUUCUGAGCAAAGGAAAAAACUGACUUUAUUGCACUUUUAGGUUUUUUUUUUUUUUUAAACAAAAAACAUGGCAGAUGCAUAUUGUGUCUGGUUAUAUUGGGAGUUUUACUUUUUUCUGUUUUGAGGGGGAUGGGGCCAGCCAAGCCAUUCAGAGAGAACAAGGGUCCAGAGGACAUUCUCAAUGGAAAAAGUUGGGUCUGCAGCACCCAGAAGAGAAGAAGCCAAACUCUUGUCAUUCUGAGUAAACACUCAGGUUGGCAAAGAAACAUACUUGAAUUUUCAUUCAUCUUCUCAGCUGCUGAAGAAUGUCCCUACCAGAGCCUCUUGACCUCAUCAGCCUACAGUUUGGACCGCCUAGCUCUCCAGCACAUGGGAUGAGCCAGCCAAGCCAGACUGACCAGGAGAAGGAGAUGCUUGACAAAAAAAUUGGAAAUACCAGUUUCCUCCACUGCCAGGGACUUCCAACUAAAUAGCCAUGUGACUUUCUUAGUGACUUGGGGGACAAAAUUAGUGAUGAAAUGGCCACCGCCAUAUUGCCACUAGUGGACAAGAAGAGGAGGACUAAGUGAACCCGCCUUCCAACUGCCAGAAGAACCUCAGGAUUUGGCAUCAUAGGGCCAGGAAAUAAAAUCGUUGUGUACUGUCGGCCCCGAUAGCUGAGUGAUAGCAUUUGGGCUGGCCUGCCUUACCAGGCACCAGGCAACUGCAGAUCUCCCAGCAGGUCCACAGCAGCAUGCUUAGGACUGAGCACGUGGGGCUGUAUGAACAGGAAGAUAAGAUUGGCUGGUGCUGGAAAAUUCCAAGGGAAAGGAUACUGAAAUGAAAGGUCUGAAAUUAUCUUCUCAUUUGGAUAUAGACUCCUUCCAAAUAAGAUGGCCGUGUACCUAGAGCGUGUUUGCCCCCGUCCACUGUCUGCCUCCCCAUGUGGGUUAGCCACCUGAUCUACUACCAUGAAGAGUCUUGGUUCUUCGUUCACUGCUUGGAAAGUAAUGUAUGGAGUUAAUCUUACUGUGCUCAGUUUUCAUUUGAGUUCAGUGGCUUAUGUAAACAGUGACCUCUUUCCAGAUGUGAUAGAGGAGCAAGAACCACUUACAUCAGGGAACAAGGCCUUGUAUCUGGGAGUAGAGAGAGCUAACUCACCAAGGAGGACAGUGGCUGGUGACUUAGUCUGGUGGUUUUGGGAACUCCGAAAUCAUUGCCUCUGGCUUGAGAUGGAGGGCCGUGUUUUGGACCGGAGGAUGUGGGGAUACUUUCUGGUAGUUGGCAUUUCCUGACAAGUCCCUUGAUGUAUCUUACAUGGAGCAGAGAUAGCAACAGUGGCAUGGAUCAGAGUUACUGGGCUUUACCUGUUCCAUCGGGCCUUGGCUAGGAAAUACCAUUUUACUGGCUUCAAACCUGCUCAGCUCAUGUAAGGAUUGUAAUCUUUCAUUUCUUUAAAAGAAAUUUUCCUGUAUACAAAACAGAGUGGCUGGGAGACACAGUGUCACAUCCCUUUUCCACAAGGAUUUUGAAUAUUGAGGUUUGUUUCCUUGAUAAUACUUAGUGGUUAAGGCACCAUCACAGAAAUGUACAGUUUCUCAAUUGGCAUUUGGGCAACUCUAACUUCCUGUAUAGAAACUUUAACUUCCUUUUCCCUGUGUAGAAAAAAACCUUGCCUCUCAAGGGAUGGCAAGGGGAAGUAGUGACAAAGCCUCUAGCAUCCUGGCACUCCACACCCCACUAAGUGCCUCCCACCUCUGCUUCCACAAAAAAGCAAAGGCAUUGACCAGCUUGGCUCAGGGCAAGCCCCCCUGCAGCUGAGUUUGUGACUUUUUUUGGUCUUAAAUGUUUUAAAGGCUAGCUCUUGAAGGGUUAAACCUAAGCAGUUAUGGGGGGUCCUUCCUAAUGCACUGUUCUCAUUCUCUGCACCACCCCCCCCCAAAAUCUCUUACUAGGUAUCUGCUUUUCAUAACAAAGGUGAAGAGCCCCACGUCCCUCUGGCAUGUAGGGUAAUGGUGAUUCUUCCAAGGCCAUUAACACUCCAAGGUGGUCCCAGGCCUCUGAGAGAUUCUAUUGUGAUCUUCCUGAAAAUUAAAAAGUAAAUAAAAAGACUACCUAAGGAAUAAUUUGGCCAUCAGUUCCAUCCCCACCCCUCCCUCUUCAACCCUGUUGCUAUAGUUGCUUAGUUCUGUGUCUCAGCCGGGUCCCUGAGGUUGGGCACUCCCUCCUCCCACCACCCACCCAAAUCCACUCCCUAUAGUUUUGGAACUUUCUCCAUUUCACAGCAUGGUGCCUAAGGAUCUUUUUCUUUGGGAUUGAUGCAGUUGCUUCUGAGUUAGCAGUAAGUACUAGCAGCGUUCUCUCAAAAUAUUCUUAAUAGUAUGCCUUUAGGAGGACUUCUCCCAAGCCCUACGGUCCUUCAGGUAUAGCAUCCUGAGCAGAUUAAGGCACGCAGGCCAGGAAUCCACCAGGGCAUAAGCGGUCCUUCUCUUAUGACCAGAGGAUGACCUAUGUCUGUGCAAUCAAGCAGCUAAAGGUUGAUCACUUACACACACCUUGGCAUUUCCCAGUGGUCUCACUCUGGACUCUGCAAGGGUGGGCAGUGUGCCAGCAGCCAGUGUGCUUUCCUGACAGCCUUAGUGAACAUUCUGCUAUAUUGGGUCUGUCUAGAAGUAAACAGGGUCUAAGAAGGUACAAGUCAAGUGACUAGGCUAACCUCCAGUUAAAGCUCCAUUUCACUCUGGAACGCAGAGGCAACAGGGGACAGCAGAAUCCUGGGCUUUUUAGUAGAAAUGUUGAUUUGCCUGUUUUAUCUGCAUGAAUUCCAGGUACAAAGAAACCACCUCUGCCAUUAGCCAGAAGAGGGUCCAUCACCUCUAUAUCCCAGCUUAGUUAGUGCACUGGAAAUGGACACUGAUAGUGCAUAUUCAUUGUUGAUUCUCCGUGUUAGUAACCUCCUUUAAUGUCAGAAAUUUGCAGUGAUGGUAAAUGUAUGUCAGAUUGGUUACUAAAGAUCAUAGCCUUAACUUUUUUGUAUGCAAAAGAUAGAAUUAAUUGCCCCUGUCAGCAAGCAUGGCUGAUGUUUCUCAAAAAUAAGUACUUCCAUGACAGCAUAGAAAGCAUCUCAAAGGAACUUGAUCUUUUGAUGCAUCUCUCCCAAUUCCACAUGCCUCCUGUGUGUCCCAGUCACCUCCAUUUUCAUACUGAAACCAGUUUUCCAUUCCCAGUGAAUUGCCCUGACAGUGUCGUCUCCAGCGUCAGCCACAUUAGGGCUCGAAUUACUCAGAUUGGGAGCUCACAGCGCCAUACAGCCAACAUUGCCUUUGCCAGUCCACUGCCACUGUCCCCGCCAUUGCCCCAAUGUGGGCAGAUGAAUUCCAGCAACCCUUAGGGAGCCAGGAUAACCAGGCACCCCAUCUGGAUUGGCCAUAUAUAAGCACCAGGCACUUGUUUUGGGGGCUCUUGUUUUGGCAACUCCGGGCCUCCAGGAAAGCCCUGUCUAGAAAUUGAUGGCCAGUGAUUCCCAGUCUUCCCUAUGACGGGUUGGCAGGAAUCAAAAUGGGAUUCCUAUGGUUUUAUUGUUUUGGGGGUGGGGGGAGGGAGGCAGCGGAGGGGUGGCUUUGUUUCUGAAUAAAGAAGAGAAGAAACUAUGGCCCUUCUGAGGGUCUGCAGAGUUUGAGCAGUGUUUUAGCCACAAAUAAGAAAUCUUGGAAGUCUUUGAUCAAUUAAGCAGUCUUAAAAACAUGUUUUUCAUAACUCCUUUUGCAGGUGACUGAGUGCAAAAGAAUAGGUUUCUCCACUGUAUUCAAAAAUAGUAAGUAGGUUCCCUGGAUAUAGACUGUAGUAGUUGACAAAUUCCCUCAAAAAGCAACCAGGAAGUCCACUCCAGUAUUUGUAGAUCAGCUUACAAAGGAAAAAGUGAACAUGUACUCCAUAUAUUUCUAGUUUUGUUACCAAACUUGAUGUUAUAAAGAAACCUCAGUUCUGUGGACAGAAUUUCUUUUGUCGCUUUUCUUUUACUCCUCGCAAUCUUAUUUCCGGUGCCAUCACCACCUUCAGAGUCUCAGAGCAGAGGGUUAUCCUUGGUAAUAAAUGGGGGUGCAGUGCAGUCAUCCCAACAACACACACAGGAAAACAGCUGUUCUGACUGCCUCUUCCCUGCAAACCCCCUCUUUCAGGGCAGGUGAGACAUUUUCAGUGUUCCUCUUCAUGAGCUCCAGACCAAAUCCCAGGCCAGCCCUUGCACUGAAAGCUUUUGUAAGAGGUUUAUCAAUCUGUUAGGAAUGUCUCAGGAGAGAUGAGCCAUUUCUUUGGGGGAAAUCUAUUUACAGAUGGGUGUGUGGUUGCGCUUGUAUGCCUGUGUGUGUGUAUAUGUGCGUGCAUGCGCACGUGGUCUCAUCUGUGCAUUUCACUUCCAUAAAGACUCACAGGCCAGGCUGCUGGGACCAUGUGUUUAGGAAUAUCCUCGGAAGUAAACAAGUAACAAGUGAGCUUCUCAAACUAGUGUCACAGCAGGCUGGCUCUGGGAAUGAGCCCCAUUUAUCAAGCAGAAAAGUAAACAGCAGAAAAGAUAGAGAUGAAACCAAAAAUAUUAUAACCCCCCCCCAAUGGAAAAUAAUGUUGAUUCAUCAAUUCCCAUUGGAUAUAUUACAUGCUCUAAUUUAUUAUAUUAUUAUUUUGUCUGUUUCUUUAAUCUUUGCCCAUUGUACUUUUAAAAAGAUGUUGGGAUGUUGAUUGCAAUUUUUUAAGACUAGAUAAUGUAUAAAUCAGCUGUGGAAAUCAGUUUUAAAUGCUGUGUGGAUGUGUCUGAUUUAUUGUUAAAUGCCUUUUUUUUUUUUUAACUUUUUGUUUUAUUUUAGAUAUGUGUUGUUGUUUCAUAAACCCCAGCACUGGUCGCAAAGCUCAGCUGUGAAAAUGAAAUUUGUAGUAUUUUUUAACAUGAAUGUUUAUUUCAAGUGUAUUUGAAAUGGUUCCUCUGGGAGAGAGAUUUGUACAUCAUUAGGAAAAACUCCUCUGCAGAGGAAGUAAGCCGCCUUUGGAGAAAACGGAAAAUGGGUCUUGAUGUGUUAUCUCAGAGUAGCCCAUUUCCUAGGGCACCAUGGAAAAACACAAAUGUGAUCUUUAAGUAUACCUCUUCCCUAAUUUGGGGAGGAAAGGACUCAGUUUGCACCCUUUUUGUAUGUAAAAUAAAAUGUCUUACCUUUCUUGACUAA